CUGGAAUAACUUUGUGGAAAAGUCAGCCAAGGACGUUGACCAACAUGUGCAACCUUACAUCCAUGUUUUGGAUGACCACGUUAGUAAGACAUUCACCCCCGAAGUUAAAGAAAAGAUCAUGAAAGGAGCUGGAGGCGGCGGAGGAGAUGGAGACGGCGAUGACAAUGAUGACAAAAAAGGGAAGAAAAAGAUUGGGGAUCCAACAGGCAAACCUUCUCAGGAGGCCGGGCAGGUUAACAAAAUGAAGCUCAAACUGCCCUGGACCUACAACGGAAAGAAAGAAGAGAGUGUGUUGCAUUGGGCGGCAGCAAUUGAAACGUAUGUAUACGGACAGCGUAUUCCCUAUUGGGACAGGGUAUUGAUGGCAACAUCAUGUAUGGGAGGCGACGCCAUGAGCUUUGCCAUCUCGCUGCAAAAGGAAGCGGGAUGCAACUCCAUGGUAGAGUAUUCGCAACAAACGCGAAUCGAAGAUUUUCUUAAGUUGAUCCGAGAAAGAUUUGAGGAUAAGAACUUGGCAAGACGAACAGAAAUGUUGAUCCUCAACCUUCCUUAUAGGAAAUGGAAGAGUACCUCUGCAUUGAAAGCAACCAUGGACGAACUAUUGCAAUGCCCUGAUCACGGAUUGACGCCGGCCCAGAUCUUGAACAGUUUUGCGCAAGCACUCCCGGACCCCCUAAGAACACAACUUUAUCCCCGUACCAAGGAAGAGGGGAUGACAUAUGAGAAGUUCGGCAAGAUCGCCAUAGAUCAUGCCGGCUUCCUCGCCGAAGCAAAUUAUUGUCACUACUGGAAGGAUCUGCAAGCGGGUAAGAGAUGGCAAAAACGCACCAUCUCAAGGUCUAUACCUGGGAAAGACGGUCUCCUUCUAACCUUCGAAGAAGGAGGCGCCGAGACCAUCUCCUGGGAUCAGGUAGACUAUGGUCUCAAUGAACCCUACAGACCGGUAGCUCAGGAGGGGAGUUACGCGGCUGUUGCAGCCCCCGGGGGAGGGCGUCAAGGAAGAGGGCGUGGCCGAGGAAGGGGUCGUGGCCGUGGUGGACGAGGAUUCGGCACCCAGAGGGGUGGUGGUGAAGGAAGCCACUACGUGGGAGGAAGGGGAAAUGGUCCCUCAUACGGUGGCCGUGGUUCUUACUCCACCUGGGGUAGAGGAAGAGGCUCAUGGUACAACAAGUUCACAAGUGAACAAUGGCAGCAGCUGAUGAAUGUAUAUGGCUCUAAGUUGCCUAUGUCAUCAGGCAGACAUCCUGAAACUAAUGGCCAGACUGAGCAGAUGAACAAGAUAUUGCAGCAAACUCUGGGCAUGUACAUUCGUCCCGAUCAGAUUGACUGGGAUGAACAUCUGCCUAAGGUUGCUAGUGCCUAUAAUAACUCUGUGCACCUAUCUACGUGUAAGACUCCUAUGGAGUUACAUCUGGGAUGGCGUCCACGCAGACCCAUUGAUCGAUUGAACCCGGAUCAAGUGCAUAAGCUUCCUGUAGGGACUAAUGAGUUUGCAGUCCAAUAUCAGAAAGACAUUGAGAAAGUAAAAGAAAAUAUACUUAAAGCACAACAUCAAAUGAUUGAACAGGCAAAUAAACAUAGACGCCCAUCUCAAUUUGCUAUAGGAGAUUUGGUCUGGGUGAAGUCUAAAGAGUUUGCUCCCGAAGAGAACAUCUCUCAGAAGCUUCUACCCACCUACCGAGGACCUUGGCAGGUUCUAGACAUAAUUGGAGAUGUGGAUGGUCCUUCGUAUGUCAUUGAGAUUCCUCCUCAUCUACGUACAUAUCCAGUGUUCCAUGCAUCCAAGCUCUUACCUCGUGUGACAAAUGAGCUCUUCCCAAGUCGCCGAUCAGCGAUACCUCCAAGUAUGGAUGGGAAGUAUGACGUGGAUAAAAUUGUUGCGGAAAGUACUUACCACACUGGACGUAGGGGCAGACCACAGCGACAGUAUAAAGUGAGGUUUGCAUACCAGGAUCUUAGUGAAGAUCGCUGGUUUACAAGAGAAGAACUGUUAGAUUCUGCACCUCAUAUUGUGUCUGCAUACGAAAACGCAAAGAGAGGAAUUCAUAUCCUUGAUAAGUAAGUGAUUCUCAGAGGACUUCAAAUUUAGGCCAGCGAGAGUAAAAGGGCCUUUACCCG